GUCACUCAAGUACACUGCUUCUCGUUUGUUGAUGCUGCCUUUCCUGCGUAGAGCUGCAGCUACUCUGAGCUGGGCGGUUUCUAAUCUGAAGGACUUCAUACUGUUUAUUCUUAAUGUCCAAAUACAAACUCUUUCUUCUCCGACAUGGGGAGGGGGCUUGGAACAAGGAGAACCGCUUCUGCAGCUGGGUUGAUCAGAAACUGAGCGAGAACGGGGUGGUGGAAGCCCAAGAAUGCGGCAGGCUCCUGAAAGAGCAGGGGUACCAGUUCGACCAGGUUUUUACCUCCUUACUGAGCCGCUCCAUCCAGACAGCCUGGCUGGUGCUGGAGGCCAUGGGACAAGAGUGGGUCCCAGUCACCAAAUCCUGGAGGUUAAACGAGCGGCAUUACGGUGCCCUGAUUGGCCUCAAUCGGGCCGAGAUGGCGUUGAACCAUGGAGAGGAACAGGUUAAACUGUGGAGACGAAGCUAUGACAUCACUCCGCCCCCCAUUGACGAGUCACAUCCCUAUUACGCUGAAAUUUACAAUGACCGCCGGUACAAUACGUGCGACGUUCCGAAAGAAGAACUGCCCAAAACCGAAAGUUUAAAGGAAGUCUUGGACAGACUUCUUCCUUACUGGAAUGAUGUCAUUGUACCAGUGAUCAAGAGUGGCCAAACAGUCCUCAUCUCUGCACAUGGCAACAGCUGCAGGGCUUUGCUUAAACAUUUGGAAGGUAUUUCCGAAACAGAUAUUGUGAAUGUAACGCUGCCCACAGGAGUACCAGUCCUGCUGGAGCUGGAUGAAGAUCUGCGAUCGGUCAAGCCCCGUCAGCUUCUGGGCGACCAGGAUAAAAUUCAGGCGGCCAUCAAAAAGGUGGAGGAUCAAGGGAAGGCUAAUGCACAAAAUAAAUAAUUGUACUGUUGAAAAUGCCAGAAUAAUUCAUACAGGAACUGUUAAAACCGAAAGAUUAUGAAUCAGUCAGUAGCUUCAGUAAUGAAGCACCUGGUAAAGAUAGUUUGGCCACAUACUGUAGGGUGUGUCUGAACUAGAUUGGUUCCGAGGUAUUUUAGGAAUCUUGAACACUUAUACAAGUCAAUAUUUUGAAGUCAAGCACUGGUUACUGAUCAAAAAUGCACAUUUGGUAUAUAUAUUUUGUCAUAGCAAGAGAUCCGUAGACCAAAUAACAAUGAAAUAGAUAUUGAUAUAAUAUUAUUUAAAAUGUUCGUGUAAUAAUGCGUUGUUAUUUUUUGUUAAUUCUUGCGUAUAUUUCCGAUAGAUUUGUGGUCACGGAAAACCAGUGGUGCCUUCCUUUGGGCAAAAAAUUAGAAUUUCAUAUUAAAGGUCAACAUAUGAUUUUAACCAUUUCUGUACUUUAAAAUAGUAUACUAUACAAGAGGAUAGGGUCAGUUUAAAGUCACUUAAGCUCACCGAGGCUGCAUUUAUUUGAUCAAAAAAACAGUAAUAAUAUUUGCACUUGUGUACUGCGCAACAUUUUUGUGAAAACCACGCUGCAUAUUUUUCUUUGGUGAAUAGAAAAUUUAAAAGAACAGCAUUUAUUUAAAGUUCUUUUGUAACAAUUCAAAUGUCUUUACUGUCACUUUUGAUCAAUUUAGCCUAGCUUAAAAAAAAUGAAUGAAUUAAAAACCUUACUGAACUUCUGAACUGCAUAGUGUAUAGAUAAACCCAACCUGGAGUGGCAUCAUUACAAAAAUUAAUAAAUAAACAAUAGUAAAACAAGCGUAUAAUUCACUCCACUGUCUGGACUUUCAGAGCCACAGAUUAAAUCUUAUUGAAUUUAUAUUCCACAAAUCAGAUGAAACUUAGAGAUUUCAUUGGAUAUGUGAAGGAUAAUUAUAAAUUAUUUAAAAUAUUUUUUGUGUUAAAUAGCACUCUUAACAUACUUUUGUAACAUUUGUUUGUGAGGGACAUUUUGUUUUUAUCCAAAAUAUUUAUUAACAGUAAUAUUAAGACAAUAUGUGUUAAUAAGUUAUUAGUUUAUAAUGCACUGCCAAACGCAACCCACUCUCUUUUGCGUCUCAUUCUUUUCUCCAACACCAAUGCAAACACAAAAGCUAGACAUAAUUGUGGUUUAGAAUGUCCCUGCACUGUAAUACCUCUGUUUUUUAUGUAUUUAAUGUUGAACACUGUACUGUAUCUGAAGAGAAAUGUUAAUUGUGUGUGUUGUUUAUGUUAUAAUGACCGUAGUGGCUUUUACUGUUACACGUCUAAAUGUUUGCCCCCUGCUAUGGCACAUAUGUCCCACCUGCUUUUCCACCGCCCAGAAGCACUGGUCCGCCGGCUUGAGCGUUUUCCUGAAAGAAUAAUAUAUAUAAAAAAUAAAGAUUACAGAUGUAAAAUUGUUAAAGUGUAUUAAAUGAUGUGUUUGAAAAUGCAUAAAACGCCUAUUAACCAGGAGGAGGUGCUGCAGUGUUUUCUGAGAAGGCCUUUCUCCGGUGAAACAGAUGUUGAUCUUAAUAUAAUAGCGGUGGAUGGUAAGUUUAUUUUUACAGAAAGCACUAAUGACAUAGGGAAACUGAAGAGGAUGUAGCACUUGGCAGACUGCUCGUAUUCACUUCACCUAAUAGCUCACAUUUGUCUUGUUGAGCUGGAAUGUUCGAAAAGAAGCACUAAAACACGUUCUCGUGGGCUUUAAUGUCCUCUUAGAAGAAUAUACAUUUUAACGCGUUAUAUGCUCUUGGGAAAUCUCCCUUUAAAGCUUAUUAAAAAAUAAUGUGAUUUUCGUUGAGUUUAUUUGCCGAUGCUGUGAAGACGUGACUGGACGGGCCGUUUCUGACUGCACUUGAUAUUUUUCAUGGGCCGUGCGGAUUUCACAGUCCUUACUUUAGAACAUGGUCUCGAAACAGUAGAAAAACAUCGCAGGAAUCUGGGUGUAGAUACAAUUUGAGAACUGUUCAGUUUGGCUGAAGACCAGAAAGGCCUGGACACGAUGUAGCCUCAUCUUCACUGCCAGUCUAACACUUCUCUUAAAACUGUUGCGUUAGGAUGUUAUCAUGGGAUGCCAAUACUUCAGGGACAUUACUGGAACAUCUGUUAUUUUCUUGAUGUGGCCGUAAACUAAUUGAUGUUCUCUAUUUCUUAACCAGGAUGAGGUGUGAUGUACAUAACUGCAAAAUACUGUAUUUCAAAACAAUAAAGACAUUCCAGAUGUAA